AAAAUCUCACUUUUUUUAUAAUAUGGGUCCUUUAAACAGCGCCGUGUAAUACCCUCACUCCUCCUCUAGGUGGCAGUGGAGAGCACCUCCCCGCUGUGUUUGCCUCUGCAGAAGAAGAGCAGGUUUGUUUGUACACGGAAGCAGGAACAGAGGUCUUAAAUCCAAAACGUCCAACCUGUCGACCUGCGUUAGUCAACGCGGAUUGUGUCGUGAGCUCACCGGAGGACAGACUACAGAUUAUACAGUAGAUUUAGUUUGUAUAUUGUAAGUGUAGCGUGGACACAAUGAGGACGUCUUUCCUGGUACUCUCGGUGCUUCUGUGUUUCUGCUUGGUCAGAGGGGCUCCAGCUGAAAAAUCUCCAGCCAAUGAGCCGAGCAAACUGGCACCAGUUGGCGAUGGCGAUCCAUUACCAGGAUCCAGUGCAGUUGUGAAGGCCCAAAAAGGAGCUAAUGGAGCAAACGAUGAUGACGAAAAUCAAGAAGGUGUUGUUGGCACUCCAGCAAAUGAUGCAGAAGUGGGGACAACUGAUGCACAGUCUACAGUACAGCCAAGUACCAAAGUACCAGUUCAGACCACAACGAGCAAACAAAAACUUGGAGAAAUUAACCAAGAGACAAAGAUAAGAAGUCAGGAAGCGGAGAAUGGGGAUGAAAACGGCAACAAAAAUACAGAAGUGAAUAAUCAAGGGCAGCAAAAUCCCCCUGAAACAGAGAAGAAGAAUGACAAAAUCAAUAAUGAGCCUGCAAAAACAGCGACUAUCGCUUCAAAAGAAAAACCCAAGACUACAGUUAAAACUGUAACAACUAAAGAGUCAGAGAAGAAAGAAGAAAAGGACACCAACAACAAGGCAGAAGGAAACAAAGGCAGUGGGGAAAAAACACAAGUAGAGAACCCCAGUGUGGCCAAACCAGAAGUAGAGGGCAACAAUAACGGCAACCCAGAAGGAGAGGGCCACAAUAAGGGCAACCCAGAAGGAGAGGAUACCAACAAUAAAGAAACCGAAGAGAAAACAUUGUAUGACCCAUCUGGUAUGAAGGAUGGGGCAGAAAGCAGUCAUUUCUUUGCCUACCUUGUCUCUACAGCUGUGCUGGUAGCAGUGCUUUACAUCGCUUACCACAACAAGCGCAAGAUAAUUGCCUUCCUUUUGGAAGGAAAGAAAUCCAGAUCCACACGUCGACCUAAAUCUACAGAAUACCAGAAGCUGGAACAGCAAAUGUAAGUCUCUUGAAGCCAUUGUCUCGAGUAGCUGAAUACACUGGGGGUCGGGUGAGAAGAGAGUGAACGGAUACUGACGUUAAGAUAUUUUUCCUGGUGCACUCUGCAUUGGUUUCACCCUGUGUUAAAUGGACAUUCUUCUAUUUUAUACCUUUUAGAUGCUUAUCGUAUGACUAUGCAGAUGACACUGUUGCCUUAUUGAGGGAAUUAGUGAAAUGCAGUGAAGGUAAAAUAAGCAUGCUGUUUUUGCACUUGUGUCGUUAUUCCACUUUUAAGGCAAUCUCGGAAUUUGACCUGACUAAGGUCCGGACUCAGGAUAUAUUUCGGUAGCAGAUGAAAAUAUUAGCUGUUUGGAUUAUAGAAGUGUUUGUAAAGUACACUUAAAUAAGCCAUCUGAAUCUUUGUGAAAUACUGUGUACAGGUUCUCUGAGGCUGUGUUUUAAAUGUCUAUUAGAU